AUGGCCCGCCGUUAUCACUUCUCCUCCAUCUUGAGCCUCCUGCUCCUCCUCCUCUCGCUGGCGGCCGUGCAAUCCCAGGCCGAAAAGCUACACCAAGAGCAUGGCGAAGAACCGGCCCGCCGCUCCUCGGCCGGUGUCAUGUCCCUGAGCGGCAGCCUCUUCGAGACAGACAACGUCGUCCCAGGCGAGCAAGCCCAUGGCGCAGCGAGACCUCGCCUCGUGCCGCGUCAGCUCCGAAACUCCACCACCACGGCCAACGCCACGAUCAGCGAAGCCGAGCAGAUCGUCCUCGCGGCGCAGGCCGAGGCCGCCGAGCGCAACGCCCGGCUCGUGGCCAACGUGCGGCGCAACCGCUACGAGUUCCACGCGCCCACGCCGUCCAAGGGCCUCCUGUCGCCCAGCGGCGACGACAGCGCCACGGGCGUCAACGAGACGGUGGCCGAGGCGGCGGCCGUGCUGACGGAGGUCAUGAUCCAGAACGGCACGCUCAGCGUCGACGACGCGUCGGCCGCGUCCGAGGGCCCGCUGCAGGCCCGCCAGUCGGGCACCUGGUGGCUCGAGGGCAUGACGCAGAACGGCCUGUCGCCCUUUGCGCCGUCGGGGUACAAGGUGUGGCGCAACGUCAAGGACUACGGCGCCAAGGGCGACGGCGUGACGGAUGACACGGCCGCCAUCAACAAGGCCGUCUCGGACCAGAACCGGUGCGGUCUCGACUGCGGCAGUACGACGACGCUGCAGGCUGUGGUGUACUUCCCCCCGGGCACGUACAUCAUCAGCGGAAGUAUCAUUCAGUAUUAUCACACGCAGUUCAUCGGGCAUAGCAAUUUCCUUCGCCACGUGAGAAACUUUGUGCUGGAUAUGACAUCCGCCCCUCUCCAGGCAUAUGUUGCCGCCAUCCAUUGGCAAGUCGCCCAGGCAACAUCGCUCCAGAACAUCAAGUUCGUCAUGUCCACCGCCGCCGGCAACAACCAGCAGGGCAUGUUCAUGGAGAACGGCAGCGGCGGCUUCAUGAGCGAUCUGGAGUUUGUCGGCGGCGCCCUCGGCAUGUACGUCGGCAACCAGCAGUUCUCGGUGCGCAACCUCAAGUUCUCCAACCACCUGUCCAAGGCCAUCGAGAUCCACUGGGACUGGGGCUGGACGUGGAAGGGCGUCGAAAUUUCCAACUGCCCCGUCGGCAUCGUCAUGGUGUCGCCCGACGCGACAACAAAGGUCGGCUCGGCCAUCUUCAUCGACAGCAAGAUCACAAACUGCCCCGUGGGUCUCCAGCUGCAGAAGCCGGCCGCCAAGGCCGCCAUCUCGCUGUCGCUCUUCUCCGUCACCACGAGCAACGUGCCCGCCGUCGUCAAGUACGUCGACGGCGCCACGCUGCUCGCCGGCUCGACGGGCACCAGCACCGUGGCCGCCUGGGGCGUCGGCAAGCGGUACGACACGCAGAACGGCGAGGCGUCGGGCGUCCAGCAGGCGGGCGCGUACCCUCGCGCGCCCGUCAUCUCGGGCGGCCUUCUCAAGAACCCCAGCAGCCAGACGUCCGGGUUCUUCGAGCGUUCCAAGCCCCAGUACGAGUCGAGGCCUGCCAGCGACUUUGUCAACAUCAAGCUCGCGCCCUACAACGCCAAGGGCGACGGCAAGACGGACGACACGGCCGCCCUGAACGCGGCGCUGUCGGCCACGGCGUCGGCGGGGAAGAUCCUGUGGCUGCCGGCAGGGGUCUACAUCGUGACGGACACGGUCUUUGUGCCCCCCGGCGCCAAGGUCGUCGGCCAGUCCUGGUCUCAGAUCAUGGGCCAGGGCGCCAAGUUCCAGAACGCAAACGCGCCGUACCCCGUCGUCAAGGUCGGCAACCCGGGCCAGUCUGGUGCCGUCGAGCUCCAGGACCUCAUGUUCACGGUGCGAGGCAAGACGGCCGGCGCCAUUGUCUUGCAGUGGAACAUCAAGGAGUCGUCCAAGGGCUCCGCCGCCAUGUGGGACGUUCACGUCCGCGUCGGCGGUGCGGCCGGGUCUGACCUCCAGGUCAAGAACUGCCCGAAGCUGACGGGAGCCGUCAACCCGAAUUGUAUUGCGGCCGCGAUGCUGGUGCACCUGACGCCGCAGUCGUCUGCCUACUUUGAAAACACUUGGUUCUGGGUGGCUGACCACGACCUCGAUAUUCCGGCUCAAACACAGAUCGAUAUCUUUGUUGCUCGAGGUGUGCUCAUCGAGAGCACCAACCCCGUCUGGCUGUACGGCACGGCGAGCGAGCAUUGCGUCCUCUACCAGUACCAGACGAUCGAUGCGUCCAACAUCUUCAUGGGCAUGAUCCAGACGGAGUCGCCCUACUUCCAAGACACGCCUCGAGCACCGGCGCCGUUCGGCACGGCGCCGGCCCUCUACAAGGCGUCCGAUCCCACCUUUGACUUCUGCAAGCCGGGCGAGCGCAAGUGCGCCGUGUCCUGGGGCGUCCGGAUCGUCAACAGCGAGAAGAUCUACAUCUACGGCGCCGGUCUGUACUCGUGGUUCGACAACUACGACCAGGCGUGCGUCGGCACGGAGGACUGCCAGCGGCGCAUGGUGUCCAUCGAGACGAGCAGCGACAUCUGGAUCUACAGCCUCAUCACCAAGGCGACGAUCGAGAUGAUCAGCCCCGUGGGCGGCGUGGCCGUCCUCGGCAAAGACAACAAGAUCAACUACUGCGACGUCGUCAUGGCCUGGUUGGGCAGCGCCACGGGCGGGAGCUCGAGCAAGGGCGUCAUCUACCGCUCGCCCGUCUCGGCCACUGUCAUUCCUCUGUCGGCGACGACGGUGCCCAAGGGCGCCACGCUGACGAUCGACCGUCCUGUGGCGAGCAACGUCGUUUCGCUGCCUAAGGAUGGCAACCAGAACCAGCCCAAGGGUCCUGGAGCGUCAAAGUGCAACACCUGCGAUCUGGCCCGCGCCAUAUCCUCGACGUGCUGUGGCACAGGAGGCAGCUUGGGCAACCCCAUUAAUGUUCCCGCUGGUGUUCCGAUCCCAAGGCCUUUCCUCCUCCCUCCCGGCUUUGUUCCCAACCAGCCCAUCGUCGACACGUCCGGCAAGGAGUGGCAGGCCGGCGUUCCCUUGACGCAAGAAGUCGAGGUCCCAGCGGGCACAGUCUUCACCUUCCCGCUCAUCGUGCCGGCCGGUCUCCCUUUCAGUGACAAGUACACGCCCGAGGAGAACCAGGGCGACGACGACAGCGGCGCCCUGUACCUGCCGUCCGACUUUUGGGAGGGCGAGCACACCGUCAGCUGCCGAUACCCUUGCACCAUCGUGUACCCGCCGUCGGCGACGACGACGACGUGGAUCCCGCCGCCGCUGACGACGGUGGUCAGCAGCCAGACCAUCACGUUCACGGUCGAGAAGCAGACGACUGAAAAGGUGCACAUAUCCAAGACGACGGUCAAGACGGAGAGCGGCUCGCAGCCGACCGUCAUUGUGGCGCCCGUCCCGGCGCCCAAGCCUCUCUGCAUCAGCUACACGAUCCCCAUUGUCAACAUCAAGGUCAAGUUUGGUCUCUGCCCGCCCGACCUCAAGCCGUUCCCCCCUCCGAUCCCCAAGGUCACCAUCAUCCCCGUGCCCCCCGGCGGCAAGCCGGGACCGACGACGCCUGGCAACAAGCCUUCGGAGGAGCAGGAGGAGCAGGAGGACGACGAGACGCGCGAGAACCCGGUGUGCCCGUUUAUCCCGUACAUCUCGGACGACUACGACUCGGGCCUUCCGGGCUACAACCCCUUUGACCCCGAAAACUACGACCCGGACACGGACAGCUACCCGUGGAAAGACGGCGGCAGCGGGAACAACGGCGGCGGCGGCAGCAGCAGCAGCGGGCCGGGGGCCGGCACGGGCACGCCCAAGACGACGACGAUCCCGGUGCCGCCCAAGACGACGCGCACGACGACGGCCACGACGCCCGUGUCGACGAGCAACCCGGUGCCCAAGCCGACGGACCCGCCCAAGCCGAAGCCGCCGCAACCGGGCACCAACAAGGCGACGUGCUGGAGCAGCGGGCGGCAGGUGUACGGGCACGAGCUGCAGGACGCGCUCAACAAGUUCUGCGACUACGCCGACGGCACGCGCAUCCACGGCAACCAGGAGCUCGCCAUCGCCAAGUCCGGGUCCUGGUGGUCGAUGCUGCACGUCGGCGUCACGGGCAAGAACAACUGCGAGUUCACGAUCCGCGCGCAGGAGUGCAAGGACAUCCUCAACCAGGUCGUCGGCUGCAAGCCCUACAGCGCCUCGCUGCUGCGCAUCGGCGGCUACGUCGAGAACAACUGCGCCGUCUGGAACCUCGAUCCCGAUGCCAGCCUCGACGGCGAGUGUCCGCCGAUCCCCAUUCCCUUUUUGCGCGUCUUCUGCGACGCGAAGCGCGUGUUUGACUAG